UAUUAAUACUGACACUUCGUUCGCUGACUGAUUUGUGUUGUAGACUAGAUCCGUACUCGAACUUACUGAAACGGGCAGCAAGAAUAUGCGCUGUAACGUGAACAGGGUUGGAGCCAUGAUGCCGCUACUGGUAUUCCUCGCGAACACAAUUCUCUACUGCUUUGCUGUAGUCUCUGCCGACCCAACGUAUCAACUGCCACCUCGUGCUCCGUACGUCGCGCCGUAUCCGGAAACACAGGAUCAUCUGGCGGAACACCAGGACGCUUGGAAGACUGUCGUGUCCAUGCGAGAUAUGUACCUGUAUCAGCGCUCUUACGAAGGCGGCGACAUGUUCGGGAAAGACGGCGCUUGCAUCAGAGCACACCGGCUCGAUGCUGAGAACGGAACGGAAACUGAGACGGUAGAAUACCGUUAUCUUCCGGACAAGAACAAGCACAUGGAACAAGGUCUGGUAGGAUACUAUAAAGUGUACAACACUACCGCAGGGAAUAACGGUCGUACUCUGUACCGGCAGAGCUCUCCAGAUGGAAACAUCACAGCCCUCCCGGUCGCGUUCUCUAACUACAAAACGUGCGUCAUUCUAAGGGUCCCGGAAGCCCAGACAGGCGGCAAGGAAAACGCCUGUCAGAUGUGGGUGUCCAAGGAGCAGCUUGAACAUGUGGACGAGUGCUGCUCAUUCAUCUUCGGCCUAUUAUGUGGUCCUGGACAGCACGUGAUUUACAACAAGACGAAAUGUGAUGCAGAAGACAGGGUUUCUGUCUUGGUUGAAGAGUAGCUGAGUAUGCAUGCUGCAAUAAAGAGUAAAUUAGAUACGUA